AUGCCUCUCAAAUCAGGUUUUAGAAAUAUUCAAGCCCAGAUUGAAGAGAUUAAAUUGAAGAUAUCAUUGUUAGAGGACGACAAAAAAGCCUACCACGAGAACACGGAGCAGAUGAUAAAAGAGAACAGGGAGAACAUUUUGACCCUGAGGCGGGAAAAUAAAAUCAAACGAAAGGAAAUCGCGAAAAAUUCAGUUAAGAACAUUAUUACACUGAUCAGCGCCGAUGGUGACAUGAUAGGAAAAAGUCUACAGAGACUGCCAACAGAUAUGAAGUUCCUCACUAAACACUCUGCCACCGUGGCCAUUGAAACGCUGGACGAGAAGACGUGUGACCUCAUCAAGUCGCUGAACAUCUUGAGAUACGAAAGGAAGAAUAAGGAGAGUGAGUUGCAGAAUUUGCAGAAACAAAAUGAUGUCCUCACUGAUAGCAACUCAUCGUCAGAGCUCAUUACCAGCAAUCUUCCUGAUCUCAUCAGCGAUAGCAACAUGGUCGUUAACAACGGCACUAACUUUAUAAAUCCGAAACAUUUGGAAUUGGAGAACCAACUGGACAAGACGCGAAUGAAGUGCCGUGAAGCAGAGCAGAUCCAACACACCUACCACCUCAUCAGAUCUAACCUGGAAGAUGAACAACAAGCUCUUCCGUCAAUCUUGGAUGAAGUUGAAGCUGAUAUAAAGCGACUUCAGGGCCAACUGAAACAGCUGAAAACUCUGGAAAAAGACGCAAAAGCGACGCUGGAAGCCGCGAAGAAUGAAUACGAGAAAAAGGAAAAAAUAUUUUUAAGUGCGAAAAAAUCGAGAGAUAGUGAAUUGGCGAGAGUGAAAAGAGAUAUUGAUGAGAAUAAAAUGCAUGGGCAGGCUGUCCAACAGAGAAUUAAAAAUCGCGGCACCUCAAGUUCGGUGAAAUCUCCGAACUCGAAUCAGGCAACGAUGGCCGAGGUUGAGGAGAAUAACGAGAAGAUCAAAUCGUACGAGGAGGCCUUCUCCAUUAUUAAGAAGGCCACUGGCAUCUCAGACACCAAGGAGCUAGUUAGAAGAUUCAAAACCCAGCAAUAUCGAAGCGAGCAGCUGAACGAACUAAAGGAGAAAAAUGACGCCAUACUUGAAAUGUUAACGAAUGAGAAGUUGAAGAAGCAGCAGGAGUUUCAGCAGCUGGAAUACAAAAAAACUAUCUCCUCGCUUCGUGAGGACGAUGAAAAUAAUGACGAAAAAGUCGACAAACGAAGUGCAUUGAAAAAUGAAAACUUUCUCGCUCCAAAUAACGACGCCAAUCUCAGUGAUAAGAACGAUGAAGAUGAUGAAGCCAAGAAAAGAGAGAUAUUGAUGAAGUUGGAGAGGAGUAGUAACCUCCUAACGCAGCUGAAGACCGGCGUCGAACAUUUGCACGAUAAGUUGAAGACUUUUCAAAUUGAAGAUCUUGUGAGUAACAAUGAUGAAGAAGAUGGUGACGUGAUGACUAGAAAUGAUAUGAAAAAGUUGGCCCAGCAGAUCAUUGAGAAUAAAACUAAGAGACGACAAGUUAAAAGAAAGAAAAACAUUGCAAAAUAA